AUGGGCGGUCGAGCAUUUUCUGAUAGUCCUCUGUGCCUGAAGACUCCUAGGAUGCCGCCGGAUAUCUAUCGUCACAUGCGCGAUAAGUGCCAUGCUGCUCUCAGACAACGAUUUCUCGUGGUUGCCUCACCUAUCGAAAGCCCAGAAAAAUACGAUUAUGGAGACGUUGACAUCUUUGUUACUUGGGAUGUCAUUGGAACACCGCUUGGUGGGUUCGAGGAUAUCACACAGCUGCUAGGAGCCACACAUGCUAAGACGAAGGGUCUGGUCAACACCAGCGCCCAAUUUGCCGUUCCUUGGCCAAUCCAUUUGGACGAGACCAACGAGCAGGCCCCUGAACCAGAGUACCGCCAUGUACAGAUCGACUUGCACGUAUGCGAUACGCUAGAAGACUUCCACUGGGGGCUGUUCUUCUACGCACAUGGGGAUCUGUUCUCCAUGCUCCGCGUCAUGAUGCGCCCCUAUAAUCUUACCGUCACGGUCAAAGGGUUGUACCUACAGAUUCGCGAGAUGGUUCAUAAUAAGCCUAAAGUUUUGAUCACCAAAGACCCUGAGAAGGCUCUACGCUUGCUGGGGUAUGACCCAGAUGGGCAAGAAUGGGAGAGGGAGUUCAGCAGCUUGGAUGAGCUUUUCGUGUACACAACCAAAUGCCGGUUCUUCCGCGGCUUCCAGGGCACGAACUUCGAGUGGUCGGAUCAGCAGAUACUAGCGUUUCGUCCUAUUUUCAGAGCAUGGAUCCGUGACUUCGUGCCCACGUGCAAAGGCCGGUGCUGGGGCACAACGAUGUCUGCGGAGGCAGUCCGCGACGAAGCCCUGGAGAAGUUCCCUUCUGCUCGCAUGGAGUACCACGAGCUUAUAAUCAAACACGAAAAGCAGAAGGACCUCUUCACCCGCGUGAUCAAGCCUAAUGUCCCCGCGAACGACUACGGCCUGCUGUGGCGAGCCAUCGCAGCCCGAGCCUUAAGAGAAAUCAUUAUGAACGAGGAUUACAGCUUAGAAAUCAAGCCGCUGAAGCCGCUAAAGUCAUGCGACGGGCUUUUCAUCGAGACAGAAGUCGAAGCAUUUGUGUCUGACACAUGGCAGCAGGUAGGCGAGGCAGCUUGGGAGAGACAUUAUGGCGACAACGGACGGUAUGACCAAGCCCUUGAUAAAGCGGUCAGGUUGGAAUGCGAAGAGGACGAAGAAGAGUGCGAUAAUAUCUGCCCUCAGGAGAUAUUUGAGGUGUGCUACGAAGAAGUCGAGUGGUGA